AAAAUGAGUGUCCUAGUGGGGUUGUUAAUGAAGAAACAUUCAAACAGAUCUAUGCACAGUUUUUUCCUCAUGGAGAUGCCAGCAUGUACGCACAUUAUCUCUUUAAUGCAUUUGACACUGCACAAAAUGGCUCAGUGAAGUUUGAGGAUUUUGUGAUGGCAUUGUCCAUUCUGUUGCGGGGAACUGUUCAUGAGAAGCUAAGGUGGACGUUUAAUCUGUACGACAUAAAUAAGGAUGGCUAUAUAAACAAGGAGGAAAUGAUGGAUAUUGUAAAGGCAAUUUAUGAUAUGAUGGGAAAGUACACGUAUCCAGUGCUCAAGGAAGAUGCUCCAAGGCAACAUGUAGAAGUAUUCUUCCAGAAAAUGGACAAAAACAAAGAUGGUGUUGUAACUUUAGAUGAGUUUAUUGAAUCGUGUCAGGAGGACGACAACAUCAUGCGAUCCUUACAGCUCUUUGAGAACGUGAUGUAACCGUGUCUGGGGGGCGCUGGAGGAGUCAGAGACUUUCUGUGUAACAAAGACCUCCUUUCUGGGUGAAAGCUUUUUACAAUUCAGCCAUGUUCAGUGUGUGAGGAUUUUGUAUGACAUCUCCAACCAAAUGGCGACCGAAUGCAACCGAUCCCACCUCUUCUCCCCAAGAGACACCGGUGGACCUUUGUUUCGUUUUGGAAGCAUGUGAAUAUUUUAAUAAAACUCGACAAGAGAGGACUGCUGCUCGAAGUUCAAUGAGUAAUAUACAGCAUUGUUUGCUAGGCACAAAUCCUGCUUUUAAUCUAGCGAGCUUGAUUACAUAUGAUAGCACCUGUCGAUAGCUUACUCAGCCAUCUAUUGUUCAGUGAAAAGCUCAGUCUAUACUACCAUUCGGCAAAAUGUUUUAUGAAUGCCUUGCCGUUAAUCUGCUUUGACAAAAGUCACAUCUACAGGGCGGUCUGCUAAAAAAUGAACAGUAAAUGUACCCAGGACACUAAGGAGACAGCCUGCGUAGCCAGUAUCCCCAUUUCUGCAGAGAUCCUGCUUUUCCUCUCACAUGCACUGGUGCCACCACGCUGAGUUUGCUGGAGUUUUUCCUGAACACGUUAACUAGAGGAUUAGAGCCAGGAAGGAGCAAAACAUGUGUUGCACAUACAAAUUUCACACUACAGAACAAAUCCUGUUCAAUGAUGGUAAGUUCUUGCAAGGGCAGGUUUGUAAAGGGCUGGUACAAGAAGAUGAAUACCUGCUCCAGUCCCAGCCACAUUCCACAGUCCCAGCACAUGGUGGGACACCAAGUGAUUCUCCAGUGUGUGUCUCAGCAGCACCACGGGCAUGUGCUCUGGGCCUUUAGGUGUAGUUUGGCACACGCUUCCUAGAUUCAGCAUUCAAACAUUUGUAUUUUUGCAUUGGAAGUUACAGUAAGGUGUUACCCACUUUAUGGAUUUAUUUAAGCUUUCCAGUUUUCCUUAGUGCAGAAGAGGGCCCAGAUGGUGCCACUGUGUUUCCACAUGCAGAUCUUGGCACCCACAAAGUGCCCUGUACAUUAACUGCCAGACCCGUAUGUCCCUUUGGGUAAUUUGACAUUUUAUACAGCAAAUUCUUCUUUCCUACAAGGCAGUUGCAUGACUUGUAAAAGUCCCAUUUCCUUACUAAUGCCAAAUAGAGCAUUGGUUUGGGGAUUGGGGUUUUUUAAUUAGUAAAGCAGAAAGAAUCGUGUAGUGAAUUUACACCAAGGUUGGGUUUUGCCCAGUAGAUUAUUUUUUCAGCUGAGGAACGUGUCAGAGCUUGCUUUGCAGAGGACUCUUAAGAAAGUUAGCACAGCAGAGUGCCGUUGCGGUCUCCAGGCAGCUGAUGGCUGAGAAACCCAGGGAAGAAGGGAACAGCCAACUUCUCCAGCUGCUCAGACCACACAGAAAGGAGAGUCCCUGCCGUAGUGCUACAUCGCUCCCGGCCAGUAAGCAUAUAUUUUUAUUAUACCAGAUACUAUAUUGCAAAUAUACUGUUAGCAGUGAAGAUAUAUUUUAAAAAUUAUGUAAGUGGAAGCUUUUUAUAAUACAAAAUAUAUAGAAUGCCUCAUUUCUGUAGCCCUAUAUUUUAUAAAAAUUUAAUCUAUGGAAGUAUUCCUGACUAUAGAAGUAGAUCUAAUCAGCACUAGUGAAAUGCUAUGCUAAUUUCCCAAGAUGGGACAUUAUCCCCUUUUACUGUCCUCCUCCAUACACUUCUAUGUAGUCUUUACUUCAUUCCUUUCAGUUGCUCACAGGUCAUCAAAAGUGCCAUCCAAGUGAGUGAAGUUACACCUUCAUGUGAAUGACACCCUAGUCUAUCCUAUUCAUUGCCUUUCAUACAAAUGCUGUUAAUUAAUUCCUUCCUGGCAAUGGCACAGAGCACAGCAGCUCCAGUAACGUGCUGUGACUUGCAGAAGUGAUGAGAUGCUGUGGGAGUAGCUUUGUCCUCCAGUUGUCCGGUAUGGUCUAUUUAGUUUUUAUUCAAUAGGCACUUGAUAAAUACAUCAGUUGUAGCUGAAAUAAGGCACCAUGUUUACACUCUUCCUUCUUGAUUCUUCUUGCAAUCGCUUUAGCAAAUAACCGAAUUUAUUGUACUGAAUAACCUGCUUUUUUCCCUACACCAAAAGAGCAUUUAUUAUCAGUCUAAGCAGUUAACUUCAGCUGAGGGAAAAGUGGGCAAGAUAAUGGAAAACACGCAAAUCACGGAAUUGUCAGAGUUGGAAGGGACCUCUAGAGAUCAUCUAGUCCUUUGCAUUGGGCUAGCACAGUGCCUUUCUCCUCUAACAGUGUUGCUCCAAACAUGCUCAUGAGAUGGCACAUACAGCCUGAAACAUUUUGAAUGUGCCCUUUUCAAAAGGAAACGUUAUUAGUUGUGUGGCACCAUAGUCCCUGAAGCUAGAUUAAUAUCUGGAGUUACUGUGAUGAAUUUGCCCUCAGCAAUGUUUUCUGUGUCUCUAGUAGCAGAAGUUCUGUAAGGGGGGAACGGGGGUGCCCGACUCAUAGGGGCUACAACUGCUUUCUGUUGAGUGUGACCCCAGUUUGGCAACGUACUUCAAAGGUUUGGGUGUUCCUCUCCAUACGUGCUGAAGUGCAUUGCUGAAACCAGGCUCCCAUCAGUGACCCUGCAGUUCCAGCAUCUCCACAGCCUCAGUUUUCAGCUCCCAGUGCUGAUGGGGGUGGUUUAGGCAGAGAGGGAGAUGCUGAAUGCCUGGUCCUGACUCUGCUCUUCAGGCAUAAUGAUGAUUGCAGUCCUGCAGGAGUCCAGACCCCACCUGUGCAUACCUGGUGUUCAGCCCUGGGUCACUACCUCUCUGCUCCACUCCAGGUCCAGUGUAGCUGAGACAGGAGGGGUGGUGAAGUGACACCCAGCAGUUGUAUUUUCACAGAGCUCUAGUCGAAAAUGGUUUGUGGCAGAGUCAUUGCCUUUGCAAAAGCAUUUAUUAUCCUGUGUUUGCCUCUGAUCCCACUGACACCAGCCAGAGACUGGUACAUAUCAGUGCAUAGGUGGCCUGUGGGUUUUCUGUGAGUACCAUACGUGUGUAUGACGUGUGUGCUCCAGCCAACAGAUGACAGAGCUCCAGUGACUGUGAGAGAAUCGUACUCUGCAUGGAAAUGUCUUUGGGUUUGGUUUUUUUUAUGUUUUCCGUGAAUGUUACUUUGUAAACCUGCAAAGCCUCCCAUCGCUCAUAAAUGGGGCUUGCAAUAUUUAUGGCAAAUACUUACUGCUGCAGCUUUCUAAAUAAAACAUAGUACGCUAUUCUAAUCUCAUCCCAUCAUAAAGCCUACUGCCAGUAUGUGGAAGGUAGUUACUAAGCUGGCUUCUAAGUUACAGUUAGACUAUCUGUCAGUGCUAUCAGCUGUGCACAUUUUCUCAAAGUUGUGAAUGUUUAAGUAACGUCUGAAUCAUUAGUCUGACUGUUUCGUUAGUUACAAACAUUAGUCUGCACUUUUCAUGCCAGCCUUUUCUAAAAAAAAAAAAAAAAAGUCUUUCUAACAUGCAUUUUAGGCAACCAUCUGUUGAAAAAUAGGAAUGUGAUUAAUGAUAAUGCAAAAAAAAAUAAUAAUGUGCCUGUUACUGUUGAUGUUUGUUUUUCUGUUCCUUUGAAUGCAUUGCAAUAUUGUGAGUAAUCACGAGUCAAGCUCUAAUCCUGAGUACGGAUAUCCCAAGGCUCGAGCAUUGUGGGCAGAACUGUGGCAUUGCCUGACUGUGGCACGUGUUGAGAACAAGCAUCUUUGUGUCCAUGUGAGACCUCUGAUAAGGUGGUAGCAGCAGUGUAACAACCUUUUUGCCUUCUUCGUGGAAGUGCCAUGAAAGACCUGAGGAGAUGUGCAAAUAAUAUAAAUUGUGAUAACUAAAGCCAUGUUAAUGGAGCAGCAAUGCAUAGCUUCACAAAUGCUAUUCUCCAAUGGUAAUUUGUAUGAAAUUUUGUUGAAUGGUUUUAAAAAUGUUGGUUUUAAUAAUAAAAAGACAAUAUCUGUA